ACCGUCUAUCCUGCUCGCGAAUUCUUGUUCCUCUAGGGCGGAGAUUUUUGUUUUUUUUGUAUUUUGAUAUUAUUGGAUGGUUUGAAAGAAAAGGUGCGGAAGAACAAUGGAAUACACGGCGGAGCAGCAACAGUACCAACAGCAAUACCAGAAUCAGCCGCAGGCGUAUGGAUAUGAUCCUUCUCAAUACCAUCAUCAAUCAGCCGCUUCAUACUACGCCUACGCCUACGGCAAUCAGCAACAUCAACAACAGCAAUACCCGUAUUACCCUCCUCAAGAUUCUUAUCCCCAACAAUAUUCCCAGUUUUAUCAAGAAGCCGCUCCCAUUCACCCUCCUGGCGUUCCCUUGGACCACCACAGUCAGCCCACCGUUUAUUAUCCACCUCAGCCUGCGGUGGACCCUCAACAUCAGCAGGGAAUUCCCGUUUCGGGUUCGGAUUCCUCCGCGGUGCCGGCGAAUUAUGCGGGGAAUGUGGUUUCGGCUCAGAGAGAUACUCGGCCUCGUCAGAUGCAAUCUGCAUAUAGGGGUGGAAGAAGGGGUAGGAGGCCUUUUAGAGGGGGCAGCUUGGGUCAUGCUGGUCAUGGCCAUAAUGGCAGUCAGCAUAUUCCUUCAAACGGUGCAGCAUCAGCUAUACCAAAUUCUGCUUUAGAUCCAAAUGGAGCAGCUGCUGCAAUGCUACCUUCAGCAUCAGUUCCAGGUCAUGCAACAUUACCAGCGCAGGUGCCUGCUGCUCCACUCCGGCCACCUCCACGCAUGGCUUGGUGUGAACUUUGCAGGGUUGAUUGCAACAGACCAGAAAUCCUGGAGCAGCAUAAGAAUGGAAAGCGGCAUAAGAAAAACUUGCAGGUACGUGAAGAGCUGCAGAAGCGGAAUGGAGUUAUAACUGGACAGCAAAGUGUGCAAGUGCCUAAUUUGGGAUCAGAAAUUGUUCAAUUGGAGAAAGUUGAGGGAUCUGAGGAAAAACAACAUCAACAGAUGGUUCCCUCCUUGGCUGCCACUACUGACAACAAGAAAGAAAAUGAGCAGCAGCAGGACAUUGUGAAUAAACCUGAAGCAUCGACAACUGGUCCUGCAGAAGCUAAAAGGAAUUUAAGGAAUCCCUCUGAAGCUCGGGGCCGUGGUUUGAAGCGUAAGAUGAGAGGGGGACGAGGGGGUAAAUAUGUGAAAAGAAAUGAAGGAUCUAGAAGACCAUCUGAGCCUCCCAAACCAAAGGGAGGUAUUCCUUUUAUGUGUGAAUUGUGCAACGUUAAGUGUGAAACUCAGGUGGUUUUUAACUGUCAUUUGGCUGGUAAAAAGCAUAUUGCAAAUAUGAAGAGGUUUCACGGGCACCGGGCUUUAUAUGGAGAAGCUGGAGUUCAAGCACUUUAUCCACCUAAUAUCAGUGCUCCACCACCUCCCUUGGUCCCUCAAAUUCAACAGGGUGUUACGGACCCACAAGUAGUUUUAGCUCAGCUGUUGACUUAUGUCCUUAGUCAAGCCCAAGUUCCAGGGUUAGCGGGCCCUCAGGUAUCUCUACCGAUAGCAACAUUGGAGUCAGCACAAGCACCAUUAUCAAGUUCAGGAAACCAGUACCAGCAUGAGUUUCCUCAAGGUUUAUUAGCCACAUCAGAAGUGAGGAAUGGAUUGGGUGUGAUGGCAGAAGCUGAAACUUGGCAGCAACAUACUGCCGCGAAGUCUGAAGCCUUACCAUCUGCAGGAGAUAGGGGAGCAAAUAGCCAAGGUUCAGAAUCUGAAAAGAAUGAAGUGAGUCAGCAACAAUCUUUCAGCGCUAAGACUGAAGUUCCAACAACUGUUAAGAUGGAGAGUGGAGGUUUAGACACAGAGAUUCCCCCCAUGGACGACCCUAUUGCAACAUCAACGUCAAAAAGAGAAAACACAACAGUUGAUGAGUCGGAAUCUAACAAUAAUUUGGAGCAACCUGAGGACCCUGAGGAGGACCCCGAAGAGAAUGAGCAAAAUGAAGCGGCCUAAGUUCCUACGCGUUUGUCCCUCUUAGUGUGGCAAUAAUUUAGGAUUAAACUUGAACAUGAAUUGGUAGACCUCUUUCUUGAAUUUUAUACAAUAAAUUAAUGCCAUGUCAAGAGGUAGAGAAGUGGGGGAUGAUUAGGAUUAUUGAGUAGAAUAACUUUAUUAUUAUUUUUACUACUACUAUUAUAAUGAGAAAGAUACAUAUGCGUUCUUUCUA